AUGUUUUUAGCACCCCCAACAACGGGGAAGAUCAAGAUCGCCACAAGCAAGGGAGAUAUUUUUGUGGAUCUUUGGUGUAAGGAAGUUCCUAUUGCUGCCAGACUCUUUAUGGAGAAUUGCAUAAAGGGAAAGUACAAUGGAAGAGCAUUUGAUAUUAUAAAACCUGAAUAUCUGGUUCAAUUAUCAGUUUCAGAUAAAAUAGAGUAUAAUCUUAAAGAUGAGUAUCAUUCCAGAAUACGAUGGCAUCAAAGAGGAAUGCUUGGUGCUAUAUUCAAUGAUAAACAGAAUAAUCAUCAUCUGUUGGAAUCUUUCUUCAUUACGUUAACACCUAUUCCAGAACUAGCCAAUAGAGCGAUCCUAUUAGGUAAGAUUACCAAUAGUGAUAGUUGGUACAACUUAUUAAAGAUUAGUGAAUCUGAACUAGAUAAUUAUGACAAGCCAAGGUUCCCCGUAGUUAUAAACCUGAUUGAGGUCAUUGAUGGUUUUUUUAAUGGGUUGACCAUAGAAAGCAAAGGCAAAGUAGAUGGCCCACUUCACAAGAAGCAAAGAAAGGAUACUGCUCUGGUGAUUAAGAAGCCGAAGGUUAAAAUUUCGUAUGAAGAGUCUGCAAAUGACGGGAGUGAUGAUGAUGAUGAUGAAGCUGGAACUACGGUAAGAAUUCAAAUGAAAUCUGCAAAUGAAACUUUUUAUGGAUAUCUGGAGACAAAUAAGCAAAAUAAAGAGGCUGAAAUUGUAGGUAAUACAGAUGGAAAAGUUGAAGAACUUUCAAUAGUUGGGCCAGCGGUACAUAUAGAAGCAUCCGACGAUACAUCACAUAGAAAAGCAGAGAGUAGUUUGGUUAAGGAGGUUUCACAAGACAAUAAAGACAAAUUAGAAGCUCAAGAUAAAGUUCCAGAACCUGAGAAGAUUUUAAGGGACCCAACUAUUGAUUCAGAUUUUGAUUCAGACCUUGAGUUUGAUGAUGUAAAGGUCGAUUUGUCCGCAUUAAACAGCCAUCAUUUUACCUCACGUCAAGUGAAAAUGAUACAAUACUAA